UGAAAUGUCCAAUCAGUGCGGAGGAUGUCAGCGAUAAUCUGGAAACGUGACGGACAUAUACUGAGCAUUGAGCGCAUUAAAUACACGGUUGACCACAGGUUUACCCCCAUUCACGACGGGAACCAUUGGGUGCUGAAGAUAGACAAUGUGACCACCGGUGACGCCGGCGUAUACCAGUGCCGGCUCACCAAUUCUCACACCAGAAACUUUAUUGAAAACACGACAACCGCUUUCAGAGUCAACGUAUUUGACUCUUACCACACAAACAAAGAGGAGAUAAUAAACGUAUUAAAUAUAUUGGAUUUGGACUCCGAGGAGCAAAACAAGAAGAUCGAGGAGUUCUUGGAGAGAGCGGAGGAC